UGAGGCCUUAGAUCAUUACCUUUUUCUGGUUCCUCACUCUGUUUUACUCUAAUGGGUCCCAGAACUCCUUCCCCUGACCACUUAACAGAAUCAGAAAGUGAAGUAAAAGAAGAAAACAUUUGGCACAUAAACAGUGUCUAUUCUAGAGAAUGGAAUUCCUCUAAAGAAGAGGAACAACCCAUAGCACCCAGCCUAGCAACACAUCUCAAGAGUCUUAGCUGGCAAGUGAAGGGCCUUUUAAAUUACUCUAUAACUUGGAAAUCCUUAACUCCUAAUUCCUGGUUAUAUCAUACUACCCUCUUGGAUCCAAGUACACCAGUCCACAUACUUCAAGAGAUAGGUCUCUCCUUGUUCUCCCAUUGUUCCCACUGGGUGACUAAACUGGAACCAAUUCCUGAAUGGCCCCCACUGGCUUCUUUUGGAGUCCUACCUUUUCAGAAGCCCCUUAAAAGUCCUGGCUAGCUCUCUAGAGAUUAUGCCACUCUAAAUGGAGCCCUGCAAUUUGCCACCAAACACUUAAGCUGAACACUGAGUAGAGCCACUCCCAUACUAGAAUACUUGAUUCCUGACUCACCUGCCUCUAGUUGUUGCUGUGACUGGCAUAAAUUGGUUAGGGAAACCACCUGCCCUGAACCCCUUGACUACUCCUACACUAACUUCCAAAAGGCAAUUAACAAACUCCUAACUACAUCACUAUAA